AUGGCUCAAGAAAUAGUAAAGCUCGAUAGAGAGGAUGUGGUUAUUGCUGAAGAAAUUGGUGGUGUUGGAGUGAUUACGAUUAAUCGGCCUAAACAAUUAAAUGUCCUUUCAAACAAAGUGAUAUUAUUGCUGGGAGAGAAGCUCGAGAAAUUAGAGAAAGAUGAUAGUACAAAGCUUGUCAUCAUCAAGGUUGCUCUUGUUCAUGGAAUGUCAAUGGGCGGAGGUGCAUCUUUGAUGACUCCAAUGAAAUUUUCAGUUGUCACUGAAAAAACUGUAUUUUCCACUCCAGAAACACUUAUAGGAUUCCAUCCAGAUUGUGGUUUCUCAUACAUGCUUUCGCGACUUUCUGGUCGAUUAGGAGAAUACUUGGGAUUAACAGGAGCAAGGCUAAAGGGUAAAGAGGUUGUUGCUGCAGGACUUGCCACACAUAUUGUCCCUUCUCAGAAAUUGGUUGAGCUAGAGAAGUGUUUAUUAAGCUUAAACAGUGGUGAUGAGAAUGCUAUUGAAUCUGUUAUCAAGGAAUUUUCGACAGAUUUUGAGAUACAUGAAAAUAGCAUCUUGCAAUUGAAUAGGAUGUCCAUAAUCAACGAAUGUUUUUCCAAGGAUACUGUCGAGGAGAUAUUGAUGUCAUUUGAAGCUGAGGCACAUAAAUUAGGAAAUGAUUGGAUUCAACCAGUGCUUAAACACCUAAAGAGAUUAUCCCCAACAGGACUAAAAAUAACACUAAGAUCGAUUCGAGAAGGAAGGAAACAGACAUUAUCUGAGUGUUUGAAGAAAGAAUUCAGAAUCUCGAAUAAUAUAUUAAGGAAAACAAUAUCUAAUGAUUUCUAUGAGGGCAUAAGCGCUAUUGUCAUUAACAAGAAGAAAUCUCCCAAGUGGUGCCCUACAACUCUAGAGGAGGUGAAGGAUGAGCAAGUCAACUUGAUUUUCAAAAAUUUCGAACAACAUUUGGAACUCCAGAUUCCAGAAAAGAACGAGCAGAGGUGGAAAGGGAAAUAUGAUAAUUCACCUCAUUAUUAUCGUAUUAAUCAAGCUAUGAAGAUUCAAAAAGUGUUGCCAUCAACAACUCCUGGAAUUGGUCUUAUACAGUCUGCCUUGUGAUAUAAUUAGCAAAAGUUCCAUCAUUGAAACAAUAUAACUUAUCAGCUAAAAUUUACCAAGAGAUCUUGAAACGAUAUAUAUGUUGUCGCUAAAAGUUUUUUGUUGUUGUAGUUCUAUUGGAAAUCAAUGUAACAAUUUUGAGAGGAAAUAUGUCAAGAUGGGUGAAACAGUAUGUUUACUACGCGUGCUAAAUAACAUUGUAUUCUAUUUUCAUAUGUGUUGAAAAUAUAAUUAAAUAAUAAAAAUAUGUUUUCUGUAACAAUUUA